AAGAUUUGGUGGUAUUCCAUUUCGAAAUGUAGCCGGCCGGCGCGACUCCCGCCAAAUCGCCAUCCAAUCGCCGCAAUCCACGUGCCUCCUUUCAAUGUGGGCGGGAAAAUAUCGCAACGAGGAAGCUUUUCGGCUAUAGGGUUUUAUACCGUGUGGCGGUUUAGGAGGGAGCGUUACUUGGAGGCGCUCAAUCGAUUCCUCCGCGAGCUUGCUAGCCUUGCUCAUUUCGGUCCCGCUGCUCGUCCGAGAAUUCCCAGGAAAAUGUAUGUCAUCAAGAGGGAUGGGAAGCAAGAGGCUGUGCAUUUCGACAAGAUCACCGCCCGGCUCAAGAAGCUGAGCUAUUCCCUCAAUCCCGACUACUGUGAUCCCGUGAUUGUGGCACAGAAAGUAUGCGCUGGGGUUUACAAGGGUGUUACUACCAGUCAGCUGGACGAAUUGGCUGCCGAGACUGCGGCUUCCAUGACUACAAGUCAUCCUGACUAUGCAAUUCUUGCUGCCAGGAUUGUUGUCUCGAAUCUUCACAAGAAAACUAAAAAGUCCUUCUCAGAGACUGUGAAGGAGAUGUACAGCCACGUUGACGAGAGGUCUGGACUGAAAGCUCCUCUCAUUGCUAAUGAUGUCUACGAUAUCAUUAUGAAAAACGCGGCGAAGCUUGAUAGCGAAAUCAUCUAUGACAGGGAUUUCGACUAUGACUACUUUGGAUUCAAGACGCUCGAAAGAUCAUACCUCUUGAAAGUGAACGGGAGAGUCGUUGAGCGGCCUCAACACAUGCUCAUGCGAGUAUCUGUAGGCAUACACAAGGAGGACAUUGAAGCUGCAAUCAAGACGUACCAUCUCAUGUCUCAGCGUUGGUUUACCCAUGCCUCACCAACACUGUUUAAUGCUGGGACUCCUCGGCCUCAGCUUAGUAGCUGCUUCCUUCUCUGCAUGAAGGAGGAUAGCAUUGAAGGCAUUUAUGAUACCCUGAAGGAGUGUGCAGUAAUCAGCAAGUCAGCCGGGGGUAUCGGCCUCUCUGUCCAUAAUAUUCGCGCCACUAACAGUUAUAUCCGUGGAACGAACGGCACGUCGAACGGGAUUGUUCCUAUGCUUCGAGUGUUCAAUGAUACCGCUCGCUAUGUCGAUCAAGGGGGAGGCAAGAGGAAAGGAGCUUUUGCGAUCUAUUUGGAACCGUGGCAUGCAGAUGUGUUUGAUUGGCUUGAUCUUAAGAAAAACCACGGGAAGGAGGAGAACCGUGCCCGUGAUUUGUUCUAUGGCCUCUGGAUUCCUGAUCUUUUCAUGGAACGAGUUAGGAGCAAUAGCGAUUGGUCUUUGUUUUGUCCGAACGAGGCUCCUGGAUUGGCUGACUGCUGGGGUGAGGAGUUUGAAAGCUUGUACACGAGAUAUGAAAGGGAGGGGAGAGCUAAACGUUCCUUAUCAGCUCAGAAACUUUGGUUUGCAAUUUUGGAAUCUCAGAUGGAAACUGGCAAUCCGUACAUGGUUUUUAAGGAUACUUGCAACAGGAAGAGCAAUCAACAAAAUCUGGGGACUAUCAAGUGCUCAAAUCUCUGCACUGAGAUUGUGGAAUAUACCAGUCCCUCUGAGACAGCCGUGUGUAACCUUGCAUCCAUUGCGUUACCUCGGUUUGUUCGUGAACAAGGAAUAAACUCGGAAACGAAACUGGUCGGUAGCAAGGGAUGCAAAAAUAGAGUUUUUGAUUUCCACAAACUGGCUGAGGUGACAACAGUAGUGACUGAAAACUUAAACAAGAUUAUUGACAUCAACUACUACCCAGUUGACACAGCAAAGCGUUCAAAUCUUCGACAUCGUCCAAUUGGGAUUGGUGUCCAAGGAUUAGCUGACGCAUUUAUUCUCCUUGGGCUCCCAUUCGACUCCGAAGAGGCUCGUGAUCUGAACAAAGACAUUUUUGAGACGAUCUAUUAUCAUGCCAUGAAAACGUCAAGCAUUCUGGCAGAAUUAUAUGGAGUUUAUGAAACAUAUCCUGGAAGUCCAGUCAGUAAGGGAGUCUUUCAACCAGAUAUGUGGAACGUUAUACCGUCUGGUCGUUGGGAUUGGGCAGCCUUGAAGGAAAUGGUCGCCCGCCAUGGAGUACGCAAUUCCUUACUUGUUGCUCCAAUGCCGACAGCAUCAACAAGCCAAAUUCUUGGAAACAACGAGUGUUUUGAGCCUUAUACAUCCAAUAUUUACACUCGACGCGUUCUAAGUGGUGAAUUUGUUGUGGUUAACAAGCAUUUGCUGAACGAUUUGACCGAUUUGGGAAUAUGGACACCGGAUCUGAAGAACAAAGUAAUGGCUUAUAAUGGCUCCAUUCAGAGCAUCGAAGGGAUACCGGACGAUCUUAAACAAAUAUACCGGACUGUAUGGGAGAUCAAGCAACGGACGAUCGUUGAUAUGGCUGUGGAACGCGGAGCAUACAUUGACCAAAGCCAAAGCCUGAACAUUCAUAUGGAGCAGCCCACAACGACCAAAUUGACUUCACUACACUUCCACGCAUGGUCAGGGGGCCUAAAGACUGGUAUGUACUAUCUACGAUCGCAAGCUGCUGCGGACGCUAUCAAGUUCACUGUCGAUACGGCCUCGUUAAAGAGUCCUACAAAGACAACCGACGAAGAGCUAUUAGCGCAGAUGGUUUGCUCACUCGAGAAUCGUGAGAACUGCUUAGCGUGUGGUAGCUAGGUACAUGUUUAGAAUGUGUUUUACGCUACGUAGGCCAGCAGAGCUCUAACUUAGUGCUCAGUAAUCUACACUCGAAGGCCUGUAUAUGAUAUUUGAGGUAAGAAAUCCUGUUCCGAAUUUUUGGGAUC